AGCGCUGCUAUGAUUGGGGGGUGGCUUCCCACUGUGGAAGGUCAAGGCACUUUUUUUUUUACGUCCCGUCGAGCACACGAGCACGAUCACUCAGUUGUCGGUGUCAUCAUCUGGUUUUUGUCAACACUACAUUCGAGGUGGAGCUGCUUUCUCGUGUUCAUCAUGAAGAGCGGUUGGUUGCUCCAGGCGGUUUGCGUUGUGUUCUUCGUCAACGGCGUGUCAGGCUGCGACCGAGGACUCUAUGAGAAAGUCAUCGACGAUUUCUGUCUGGUUAAGUUCAAGUCGGACAUGGGGGCAAUAGACAAACGUCUGUGGUGCAGCUGGCCGGACACCACGCAGAUCUAUGAGGAGCUGACUAACUGCACCUACCAAAUGGCCUUGAGGAUGGACUGCUUCUGGCCCGAUCAGAUAGUCGACCGCUUCUUUGCGAGGAUCCACAUAGACUACUUUCUGGACUGCCCGCCGACCGGCCGGCUCAUCCGCGACCCGCCGGCUAGUGUCCUUGCUCCAUUCAUCGGUGUGCCCAUAUUGGUCACCUUGCUCGUGACAGCCCUGGUGGCGUGGAGGAGUAAACACACAGAGGGUGUUCUAUAGCAACACUUAUACAUGGACGCCUUUUUUUUUUUUUCAACCUGGUACAAUGUACCGCUUGGAAUCUGUCUCUUAAAGUGGCAGCUGUAUCAGCUACACACAAGUGUAAAUGUGGUGACAUCAUAACUCGACAAAAUAUGUGAGCAGGAUAUUCACAUGCUCGUCAAAAAGCGGUGACUUAUGUCAUUCUUUUUCAAACAUCCCUUUAGUGAAGCUGAUCUUAACUCAUCCACUGCCAGCCAAGUUAAAAUGGAUCUUUGACGUCAAUAGCCGUCAAUGGUAGUAAACGAGUGAAACUAAUCUCUUGCAAAGGAAUUACCGUAUUUUUCACACUAUAAGGCGCACCUAAAAACCUCCAGUUUUCUCAAAAGCCUUAUAAUCAGGUGCGCCUUAUAUAUGGACCAAUAUUGAACCACUACAGCAGGCGUGUCCAAAGUCCGUCCCGCGGCCAAAUGUAUAUAUCUUAUAUAUAGACAAAGUUUUCAAAUGGGCCAUUCAUUGACUUAUAAUCCGGUGCGCCUUAUAUAUGGACAAAGUUUUAAAAUGGGCCAUUCAUUGAAGGUGCGCCUUAUAAUCCUGUGCGCCUUAUCGUGCGGAAAAUACGGUAAGUAUAAGACUGAAAGGAUUUUACACAAUGCAAAAGAAAACAGCCUCCGUUUUUGUAGUUUCGCUUUAUUCAAAGGUACGCGGGCUAAGGAGUAUUUCUUUUUGUAACUCUUAACAGAUCCUUGGUUUAUAGUAUUUCUAUGACUAUAAUACAAAAAGGAUCACGGUUUUCGUGCCAGCAUGUAGAAAUACGUGAUCUUCAUAGUGAGCUCCGUGUCUGGCGAGGACACCUGCAUGGCAGCCAUCAGCCUGAAACGAAAGACGAGUUCAAUUCAAUAUCGGUCGAGAGAAACAAAGAAGCGAUUUGGUGUGUACAAGCAAUGUCUCACUUGUUUCUGAUGUGGUCAGAGAGUCGCUCGGCCUUGACGGCAUCCUGGCUCUUCAGAUUCUGGUAGUUAGUAAAUGUCUCUAUCAAACCAAUAAAACUGUUUAUAGUCAC